AACUUGUUAAACACACGAAACCUAUCCGAAGAUGAACCACACAUUCAUAAUUAUAACCAAUGUUACCAUUCCUUAUAUUAUAAGGGCCGCUUAAAAAGAAGAAACAAGACAAGUAGCUCCUCCAUACCCCCAAAAAAAAACCGCCAUGGUAGCCGGUUUAAGCUUCUUCAAGCUCUCAUUCCUCCUCAGCCUCCUCUCUGGUGGUUCAGACCUACUACUGCUAGGUCCCGGAGCCGGAUCCGGACCUGCCCAAAUCGGAAAGUUCCCGCCGUCUUGUAACCGAAUCGAGUGCCCGAGCUACGAGCUGGUUCACUCAGGAAAUGGAUACGAGAUUCGCCGGUACAAUACCACCGCCUGGGUUUCCACUAAACCGAUUCAAGAUCUCUCUUUCGUCGAUGCUACAAUCUCUGCUUCCUUCCAAUUGUUCGCAUACAUUCAGGGGAAGAACGAGUAUCACCAGAAGAUCGAAAUGACCGCUCCGGUCAUAGCUCAAGUCUUACCAAGCGAUGGUCCCUUUUUUAAAUCUUCCUUUGUUUUGUCUUUCUACGUUCCCAAAAAGUACCAGCCUGAUCCUGCUCCGGCGGAGGAUCUUCAUAUCCAGAAAUGGAGCCCCAGGUACGUGGCGGUCAGACAAUUCGGUGGUUUCGUAUCCAAUGACGGCCUAGGAGAAGAAGCUGCGGCGCUGGACUCCAGCCUCAAAGGUACGGCGUGGGCUAAUGCAAUAGCGAAAAGCAAAAAAGAAGGUGGUGUUGCCUCGGAUUCAGCUUACACGGUUGCUCAGUAUAACUCACCUUACGAGUUCACCGGUCGGGUCAAUGAGAUUUGGUUUCCGUUUGAAAUGGACGUUUAAGCCUCUCUUUAGUUUAACAACCCUUUUCAAUAAAAUAAGAGGUUAAUACGUAAUAAAAGUACAUUUUUGUAAACAGCUAUGAAUUCGAAAGUCAUGAACAAACAUUAAAAACUA